GAACGGGACGAUUGACACACAUUGACGAAAAACUGCGGGCCAGCUGUCACGGCGCGCGAAAUAUCAAAUGUUCUGUUCGGUGUGUAACGUAAGGGAACAGGCGGGAGGAAGAGAAACAGCCCGUAUAAACUCUUUCUCAAUGUGCUUUAAGGGUAUAAAAUAGCCUUUGUCACGCAGACCAUUGCUUUUCCAUGUCCGUGGUGGCUGCCGGGAUUCAACUAAGCGUCUGUCUCCGCCGGUUUAUUUCACAGAAGAGCGAAAACUAGCUGGCGGACAAAGAUGAGCCUGGUCGUCUCUCAACAACAGGCAGAGGGACUCCAGGCUGUGGUCCAAACAGCAACAGAGAGUGAUUCAGACAGCGGGAUGGGCUCUCCAGCAGAGGAGAUGGUUAUGGAGCCAGCCAACAAAGAAAAAGUGCUUCCAGAUUCUGACGACGAUGAAGACAUCGCUGUUCACAGAAAGCCUCAUCGUAAUGCCAUUAGAGACAGUGACAGCGACGAAGAUGAGGCAGCUGGGGAGAGCAGUGUAAACAUGGCCGAAGCACUGCUCUUAUCUGCUUCCAGCGGAGAGGAGAUGGAGACCGGAGAGGCAGCAAAGAAGGAUGAGAGGAAAGAGAAGGCGCCGCAGAAGAGCAAGAGAAUAAUCCGUGUUCCCAUUGACAGUGAAGACAGUGAGCCCGAGCCAGAGAAAUGUGGAGAAAUGGAGGAGCAACAGGAGGAGGUGAGGAAGGAAGCGAAAUCGAUGAAGGAACGGAAGAAGAGAGCGAAAAGCCAGCGGCACAGAGAGAAAAAGGAGAAGUGUAGCAAAGCGGUGGAAAAGCUGAAGAAGAACGAGAGGUACUCAGUAAUGAAUGAGAACACUCCUCUCCCUCGGGGUCUGAAUGACAGUGGAUGUCAGCUGGGCGACACAGACCUGUUUGACACGGGUCUGGACGAUGAUGAGGAGGAGGAAGAGUCUCUGGAGGCCAUCAGGGCUGCUGUCAAGCAAAAAAUGAAAAAACUAAAGGAUCCUCUCCUGGAUGAGAAAGAGGAGGAAGAUGAAGAUGCACCAGAAAAACCCCAGCGUGUGGAGAGGAAAGCUGCACGUGCCAGCAGAGAGACAAUGAAGCAGCUCCACAGUGAGUCUCAGAGGCUGGUCAGAGAGUCUACACUUGGCCUGCCCUACCACAUCCCGAAGCCGAAGACCAUCGACCAGUUCUUUAGGAAGAGAGCCAGGCCAGAGGGUCCUGCCAUGGCGCUGUUAAAAUCUACAAAGUAUUCAGCCAUGAUGUUGGAGAUACCGUCAGCUCCUCCACCACCCACCAACCCACCCAGUGAGCUUCUGCAGCCAUCCACAGAGCAGGACUCUCCUCCAUCUCUAGAUCUGUCGUCCACUCGGAUCCAGCCCAUACCGCAUCCUGCAGCUACCUCGUCCCCGCAGCAGGAGAGCGUCAACCAGGCCAGAGAGCCAACUGCGAGCCUAGAUCCCGACCAGGAAUCUGGAUUGAUGCUUUACCUCUCUGAGACUCUGCAGGAGACAGUCGCGACAGAUGAUGGAGCGGUGAGACCGGCUCCUGAUUCUGGAGAACAAGUGUCUCCUGCACCCUUCGAACAAAGCCAGACUGCAGUAAUGUCCGACUCUGAUGCCCUGCAGAAAGAGCCUGUAACUGGGGCUUUGGUGGAGCCUUUCGUCUCUCAGUGUGAGAGCACUCAUCCAGCUGCAGCAGAGCCUUCAGCACAGCAACCCACCAAACCCAAGAAGGACAAAUUUGCUUUACUUAAGAAGCUUGGCCUGAACCCCCCACCUGUUGCUAAAUUGUGUCCAGAUGACGGUGCCUUUGUUCAGCUCGAGCCUCAACAGCUCAACCCUGGUGUUGAGGCCCUGAAGGAGCGUUACCUUCGUCACGUCAAGGCGCCCGUACGUCCUCAAGGAGAGCGAACGAUGCAGCUCAACAUCAUCCGCAAAGACUGCGCCCCGUCUGGCCAGGAAGAGUUGCACACUGAGUCAGUCACUGUCACUCUUAAAGAGGGAGCAGAGGAGCCUGUGGCAACCAAACCAGGAGAGAAGCUGCUGACUCUGAAGCAGCGCCUGCAGCUCGCCAUGGCCCAAAGGAGACAGGAGGAGAGGGUACGCAAGGCUGAGCUGAAUCGCCUCGACAAUGAAGACUGUGGAGAGGAGGAGGAAGAGGAGGAGGAAGACGACAUGACGGAUGAGUCUGAGGAAGAAGAGAAUGUAGAUGACUUACUGGGAGGUGAUGAUGGUGAGGAAGAAGAGAAGGAGCAGCAUGAUGAUGAUGAUGAUGAGGAAGGCAGUGUGGCCCGGAGCCUCAGGAGUCCUUCUCCUGUGGCACUGCUCGGACCCUCGCCAACUCCUGACCUAAUGAACAGGGAUGGCACACUCUUGUUGUUCCCCGGCAGCUCCUGCUCUCGCACCGGUGAUGGUGUAAGAAGGUCUGGUCCUUCUGGACAGGACAGCAGCAGCAAUAAGAUGGUCUCAACCUUCUGGUCUCCAGAGGAGGAUUACUGUCUGUCCAUGGUGAAGGACAACAGCCACAACAGCAGCUUUGAGUUUGCAGGAUCCAUGAUAACCUCCUACCAGCCUGUCAGUCACCAGCGCUCCGCAGGAAGAUGCGUCUCCAACUCCUCCAUUUUCCGCUCCCCUUCUCCCUGCCUCUUCAGGCCCAGCUUCCUCGGCUCUGCCUCUAAGAGUUCAGGCAAACUCUCAGAGCCCUCUCUCUCCCUCCCUGUUGAGGACUCCCAAGACAUGUACGCACCUCCAUCCCCAGGAGCAGAUUCGGGGCCCCUGGGUGGAGCAGCUUCCUGCCCUGGUCUGGGAGGAGACUCCCAAUGUCGCUUCUCCCUAGAGGAGGACACCCACUCUCAGUUACUAGAUGCAGACGGCUUCCUGAACGUGGGGCCGCGGCCCGGUGCACCUCGCUCCCACAAGAGACAGUUGAUCCUGGACAGCCUGGAUGAAAAUGCGAUGGAUGCCAACAUGGGGGAGCUGUUAGGGCUGUGCUCGGGGGUCUUUGGGACAGCGGGCAGCGGCUCAAGCAGGGAUGAAGGCCUCGGAGCAACACAGGGGUGUGAGCUGCUCGGGUUGUGCUCUGGAGCGUUUCCACCGACGCAGGCAAGAGAGGAGCAGAUGGAAACGGAAAAGAAGGCGAGAGGACGGGACGAAGAAUCUGAUGAUACCAUGGAUCAGCUGCUGGGCCUGUGCUCAGGGAAAUUUCCCAGUCAAGGUUCAGCUUGCACGGCUUCGCCAGCACAAGACAGUAAAAAGAAGCCAGAAGAGGAUGAAGAGGAUGAAGAGGACUGCGAGUUCCGGCUUCUGUCAGAUGUGGAAAGUCACAGUGAGCAGGACGGUGAUGAUGAGGAGGUCGGAGAGGGAGCGGAGGAAGAGGACGAUGAUGUAGAAGAGGAGGAGAUGCAGGGUGUCUUCGCGUCACACCGGGUGAAGAAAAAGAAGAAAAUGCGUUUGACCGACUAUCUGGAGUCGGAGGCUGUGCUGUCCGGCAGUGACUUGGACAGCGCCGAUGAGGACGGCGACAGAGGGAGCGAAUACGAGGAAGAGGCGCUUCUGGAGGAGCUUCCUUCUGAUGACGAGCUGCAGGACCAGGUCAACAAGAUCCACAUGAAGCAGAUCAUGGAUGAUGACAAGUGUCGUCUGAGGCUCUACCAGGAGCGUUACCUUGCUGACGGCGACCUGCACUCUGACGGCCCGGGACGAGCUCGCCGCUUCCGUUGGAAAAAUAUUGACGACGCUUUCGACACGGACAGGACGGGAGCGGAAGGCGAGGAAGGGGGGGAGGAAGAGGAUGAGGUCGACCCGUCUGAGAUCCAGAGGAGGAAAGACAGACUGGAGAGAGAGCAGUGGCUCAGAGAACAGUCUGAGCAGAAAGCCACGAAAGGGGAAGAUUUGGAUGCAGAUGAUGAGAAGAUUGGAGAGGAAGACAGUCAAUUUAUGAAGCUGGCCAAGAAACUGACUGCCAAGACUCUGCAGAGAAAAGAACCCCCUGCGGCACCACAACCAGAAAAGAAGACGACAUCAGCGCUUAACCCCUUCCAGAGACCCUUGCAGCCCUCACAGGUGAGGAGAGGGUCCCUACUGAGUCAGCCUCACUCCGUCCUGCAGAAGCUGGCCUCGAUCUCCGACGGGAAUCCUCUGGCGCCCAGAAACACCAGAGGAUUCCUGUUUCAAACUCUGUCUCCUGAGAAGGACAAGCCGACCUCGGGCGCUCCCCAGAAGCAGACGAUGAAGAAGAGGGGGCCGGUGGGAGCGGUGAACCCAGCAGCAAAGAGGCUCUGCGGGGAGAACAGACCUGCAGGACAGACUAAAGCCCCACAGAGGAGCAUCUUCAACUUCCUGGACCACUGAGGUCGCAAGACACUAACUGACUGACUGAUGAUAAUCAUCAGCAGGCUGGGAAGCAAAGGCCAGAAUUUACCAGCCACAUCCAGUAUUCAGUGAACGAAGUGAUAGAAUUAUGGUUAUGUGCAAAGCUGGCUGGUAGACGUCCUCUGUAUGAAACGCAAAGGUUUGCAUGUUUACAUGCCUUUUUGUUUUUAAAAUGGCAAACUAAAGCUCACCACUCACAUCACAUCUCUUGAUGUUUUACUAUGUUUCACACACUUGCUGUUCACGUGUCCGGCUUGUGCGUCUAAACCUUUUUAAAUCUGUUAUUUCCAUCAGAAGCGUUCGUCCGUCACACCUUACUUGACUUGGACUUUCUGACAGAGGUCCGCUUAGGAUGUUUUAUCAUGUAAAUAGGAUUGAUUUUUGUUUUUUAGGGAGUUUUUGUAUGAUGAUUUAAAUGUAUUUGUUAUACAUUGUAAAUAAAAGUGUAUUUUAAGACA